CGGCGGAGGGAAGCAGCAGCCAUGCCCCGGCAGCGGCGCUGAGGCCAGCGGGAUCCGUGGCGGCGGCAACUGCAGCAGCGCCCAGGCCGCGCCCGCCUCGCCUCAGGCCCGGGAGGCGGCGGCAUGCCCCGCGAGGCCCACUAGCCGCAGCCCGCCGCCCUCCUCCGCCAUGCCGAGCGGCAGCGCCUCGCCGUCGCCGCGGGAGGAGGCGCCCGAGCCGGGGCCGCUGCUGCCGCCGCCGCCGCCCAGGCCGCCGCCGGGCCUGCUGCUGCCCUAUCACCACCACGCGGGCCCGCUGAGGGAGCGCCUGGCCGGGCUGGGCCUCCAUGAGGCGGGCGGCGGAGAAGCGGCGCCGGGGGAGGAGGAGGAGGACGGCCUGGAGCUGGAGCUGGCCGAGCCGGCGGAGGAGGAGGAGGAGGAGGGCGGCGGGGGCGGCGAGGACGAGCCCGGGCUGCUGCUGGCCUCGCCCGGGCUGGCCUCGGUGCUGCUGCCGCCGCCCUUCGAGGCGCCCGAGGUGGGCGGCGGGGCGGCCGCCUUCUACGGGCCGCCGGGCGACGAGGCCGCCGCCCACCCGCACCACCACCCGGGGAUGAUGGCGGCGAUGCUCUCGCAGGCCUACGGGGGAGGCGGAGGGGGAGUGCCGGGCGCGGCGGCGGGGCCUCCCGGGCUGGCUCUCAGCGGCGAGCAGGCGGCGCUGCUGCGGAGGAAGAGCGUCAACACCACCGAGUGCGUCCCGGUGCCCAGCUCCGAGCAUGUGGCCGAGAUCGUGGGCAGGCAGGGUUGCAAAAUCAAGGCCUUGAGAGCCAAGACAAAUACGUACAUCAAGACCCCUGUCCGUGGAGAAGAACCCAUUUUUGUCGUCACUGGACGCAAAGAAGAUGUAGCGAUGGCCAAAAGGGAAAUUCUUUCUGCUGCUGAACACUUCUCCAUGAUAAGAGCAUCGCGUAACAAAAACGGCCCAGCUCUGGGGGGACUGUCCUGUAACCCCAACCUGCCAGGCCAAACCACAGUCCAGGUCAGGGUGCCUUACCGUGUUGUUGGGCUUGUGGUUGGCCCCAAAGGCGCUACGAUCAAAAGAAUCCAACAGCAGACUCAUACUUACAUAGUUACUCCCAGUAGAGACAAGGAGCCAGUCUUUGAAGUCACCGGCAUGCCUGAAAACGUAGAUCGAGCCCGUGAAGAGAUAGAAAUGCACAUUGCCAUGCGCACUGGAAACUACAUUGAAUUGAAUGAAGAAAACGAUUUUCAUUACAACGGUACGGACGUGAGUUUUGAAGGAGGGAGCCUAGGAUCCGCUUGGCUGGCUUCCAACCCAGUACCUCCUCCGAGCCGCACAAGGAUGAUUUCCAAUUACAGAAACGACAGCUCCAGUUCUUUAGGAAGUGGCUCCACCGAUUCCUAUUUUGGAAGCAAUAGGUUGGCUGACUUCAGCCCAACAAGCCCAUUCAGCACAGGCAAUUUUUGGUUUGGAGAAACGUUGCCUUCUGUAGGUGCAGAAGAUCUUGUCGUUGAUUCUCCUGCCUACGACUCCUUACCGACACCUUCUCAAACCAUCUGGACACCUUUUGAACCUGUUAACUCGCUCUCCAGUUUUGGGAGUGAUCCUGCUAGUAAUGUGAAGGCUCCGCUGAGAGGGAGUCAACCAUCCACUCCUCGUCUGUCGCCUACAUUUCCCGAAACCCUCGAACAUCCCCUGGCUAGGAGAGUAAGAAGCGACCCACCCAGUACAGUCAGCCAGGUUGGCCUUCCGAUCUACAUCCCUGCUUUUUCUAAUGGUACCAACAGCUAUUCUUCUUCCAACGGCGGUUCCACGUCUAGUUCCCCUCCGGAACUGAGACGGAAGCACGACUGCGUGAUAUGCUUUGAGAAUGAAGUAAUCGCUGCCCUGGUUCCGUGUGGCCACAACCUAUUCUGCAUGGAAUGUGCCAACAAGAUCUGUGAAAAGGAAACACCAUCAUGUCCAGUUUGCCAGACAGCUGUUACUCAGGCAAUUCAGAUUCACUCUUAAAUAUAUAGAGAUAUUAUAUAUGGACUUUUAAAACUCUUAAUGGCUUGGAUGUAAUGGUACCCCCUAAGUAAACUUAUAAUGAAUUCAGACUGUUAUUGGGCUUUCUUGGGGUUAGGCUAACGUUCUUUGUGAGGCAUGUGCUCUUUUUGUUGUCGUUUAAAAAAAAGGCUUGUGCAGUUAACACUACACCUAGCCAAUCUUUGUCCGUUUUGGUUCCAGCUGUGGCGCCUUGUGGCAGAAUUUUGACUGGGAACGAAGCUGUGAUGUGUUAGGAGUGAUGGGAACUCAAAUCAGUUUUGGAACAGGAUAAAACACAAAAUGCUCAUGUGCUUUCCAGAUCGUCUUGACUAUGUGUCGGUGACAACAUUCAUGAAGGCGCGAAGCCUUGUACGGCCCUGAAUUGUCAGUUGAGGGGGAGGGUGAAAAGGUUUAUCAAUGUAUCAGACACACUUCCAAUGCUGCCUUCUUUACACUGCCAGUUUUUCAAAACAGGUUUGGGGGCAACUUUUUCCCCUCUUUACAGCAUGGGCUUCUCUUAUCCAAUGUUGCCAAUAAUUGUAUGAUGCACAAAUCCGAUGUCCUGGCAUUUGGAUGAGUCAUAUAGUGGUAAUUUUUUUUUUAAUUAAUGAAAUCAUUGUUGGGGGGGGGGAGGUCAGAGGAGGCAAAUGGUAUGAAUUGACCACCUUCUCAUCCAAUAUGCAAAUUAAAGAGAAUCAGGAAUGUGUGGGUCUUUCACUGCUGAAUUGUGAGAAAGUCGGCCUCGCUUUGAACAUCUCUGCUGAUCACGCCUGCCUGCCCCGAGUUCUCCUACCAGCAAGGGCUUUACUUCCCAAUACAUUUGAAGCAGAGGAGCAUGUCUUUUCAAGCACACUUCUGUGCAUGGACAGAUGGGCUUCCUCUCUUGAAACGAUUGGAACUUCCUUUGUGCACCCAGCACCCCAUGUGCACAUUGGAGCACGCAUGGGAUCCUGAAUUUGGGCGAGUGUUGCUAAGGACUGUAGCACUGCCAUCCUGAGUGCAGUCUGCUCAGCUCCCCUUCUCCCCCGGCAUUUGUUGGGGUGUGUGCAUGAGGCGGGGAGAGAACCGCAGUAGGUCGAGGGCUUCGGUUAGUGCCGAGAGCGAGAAUUGCUUACAUUCCACUGGCUCGUUUGAUCAAGCUGUUCUUAAAUUAACUAUUUUAGAGAAUGUGUUGGGAAAAUGUGAAUCAAUUUUAUGUUUCCUCUGUUAACUUGCACAUUAUGUGAAACGCAUUUUGUUUUUAGUAACGUAAGGGGGGAAAAAAGAACUCUCAUCCACAUCUUUGUAUCAUUCGUGGAAGCAGUUGGGUUUGUGGUCCCAAAAAGCAGUUUAUCUCAUUUCAAGACAACCCUUCUCUGUUUCAAGGAGCUUCCCCCAGGCCCUUGUUUUUCUUUACAUUUCAACCUGUGGAUGUUUCUUUCCUCUUUAUCCUCAGAAUGUUCCCAAAUCUGUGCUGGCGUUUGAAAAAAAGAACACUCAGAAGUUCUGGUGGAUUUCUUUAUUUUUUUAACUUUAUUUUUUUUUUGAGCAAUAUUUUCCCAAGUUGAAACAAAUAUUUUUGUUUUCUCAGUAUAAGCGAAUUCUACAUGUAUUGAACUAGAAAAUAUACAGAAAUCUUUAUUUUUUAUUUCCACUUGAAAGAGUUACAUUUCGUAUAAAAAGUUUACAGAUAACGGUUUUUAUUUUAUGAUUUUUUUUUCAGUAUAAAGGUUGCCUUGAUGGCAUAUUAUUAUAUUAUUAUUAUUAUUAUGAGAUGCAUAACUUUAACGCUAACAGCUUGUAGGAUAGUUUAAAUGUCAGUAUUGAAACCUGAAUCUCAUUAGCUGCAGUCUUGUAGAUACGAACCAUCUCGUUCACGGAGCAUGUAAUUUUGUAAUCUAUUGCGUUGUACACUGCAACUACUAAGCCAAGGAGUCUACAGACAUUGGGUGCGUGUACUGUUUUCUAUAAACCACAGACUCAAGAAUGACACAGCUCUCGAUAUAGUUUAGUAUUUGCUAAUUUUACUACACUCUUUUUUGUUAUGUAUAUGUAGGGAGGUCAUAGGGAUUAUAAAUUCAAUUUGAGUAAAGUUUAAAAAAAACCAUAUAUAUUUUAUGAUAAAGGGCCUUUAACUUAUGGUGGCCAAAGCACUGAUAUUAUAUAUUUGCUGUAAAGAGAAUUAUAAGAGUUUUAUUUUUCUGAUAUUAAAAGUUACUUAAUAAAGACUUGUUUCCAUUAA